GACGCAGUGAGCUUCCCAUUUCAAGACGUGGGCCGUUUGCGGGCCCCUCGUCCUGGGACAUCGUCGGCCAUGCCUGAGCGUUUCGCUCGAAGGGGCCAGGACGAUGUGCUGUUUUAUGUGGCGUCGUCGGCCAUACCUGAGCGUUUCGCUCGAAGGGGCCGAAGCGACGUGCUUUGUUGUGUGGCAUCCUUUACUUAAACUUUACAAGAAAUAAGCAGAACACAAUAGGUGCGUUGUUUAUGGCAACGACUUUUAUUAGGGUCAGUGGCUCGAGGCCGAGGGGGGUAACCUUCUGAACAACUCGCACAAGAGUUAGCUUCCCAAUGAGUUUCUGACCUUGGGGUGGGGGCUCUGCCGUCUGCACCCUCUUCGGAUUGCUGGUAGAACUUCACUUAGAUGUAGGGCCCUUCGUAUUUUGAGAGAUAAGCCGUCGGCCGUGCGUCCCUUCGAGGAAGGACGCAGUCAGCGGAUGUGACGCUUCUUCAGUUGGGGCUCCUCGAAGUCCUCGUCAUCGCUGAGCUUCCCAAUUUCAUGCUUCUUCGUUGAGGUGUCCCCUUCCUGAUUGCCGGUGGAGUUCCUUGGGGUAACUUUGACAAAUUGGUGGAGUUCACCCCGUUGAAUCAAGCGCUCAAUGGCUUUCUUCAGCGCGACGCAGUCGUCUGUAUUGUGGGAGGUGUUCUUGUGGUAACGACAAUAAGUGCCACCCUGGUGGACGGCGUAGACUUCUGUGGCCGACCGGGGAUCUUUAGGGAUGAGACCUUGCUCCUCCGCAUAGUCGAAGAUGGUAUCUAUCGAGUGCGUGAGCGUAGUCCUUGGGACAUCCGUCCUCAGCUGCCAUGGGCGCUCCUUCCGGUUUCGGCGGGCAUGGCCCCCGACCGAGGAUGCGUUUGGAGCCGAUGCCUCGUCUGACCUCUUUGAUGGAUGGCCUACAUCCUUCUUGCGGGAGUGGAGCUCAUCGGCGUCAGCGUACAAGCUCCCUCGUUGGAGUGCCUUGGUGUAUGACCUCGGCGGGUCAGUGAUGAGGCUCCUCGCAUAGGGGCUGCUGCGGAGAACGCCUUGGAAGAGGACGAGGAGUGUGCGCUCAUCGGCACCUUCGACCUCGUCUAUCUCCUUCUUCCAUCGAUCGAUGAAAGACCGAAGUGAUUCAUCGUGUUGCUGCUUGAUGGAGAGAAGGUGGGAGAAAUGUUUUCUCAUGCGCUUCCUUCCGGCGAAGUGGGUGAGGAAGCGUUGGGCAUGAUCCUGCCACGAAUCUAUGCUUCCUUCGGGGAGCGCGUUGAACCACUCGUACGCUUGCCCUUCAAGAGUGGAAAGGAACCAAUGGCAGAGGUAUUCAUCUGAUGCGUUCACCAUCAGCAUGUUGUUUUGAUAGCGGCUGAAGUGCUCCUGAGGGUCAGAGCGGCCGUCAUAAGGCUUGAUGGCGUUCCCUCGGUACUUCUCGGGUAUUGGGGCCGAGAGUACCCUCGUGGUGAAGGGAGUUUUUGUUCUGAUUUGGAUGAUGGGGUCACCACGUCUGUCGGCCAGCUCCCUCUCCAGGGCGCUGACCUUAAGCAUGAGCGCGUGGUAACCUGGACCCUCGGAUGAGUUGGCUGUAGGGAUGGUGGCCGAUUGUCUAGCCUCCAUCUGGGCCAGUCUCCUUUCCAGCUGGGCGAUGACCUCGUCCCGAGGGUCCUUGGUGGCCGUAGUGGCGCCUUGCUGGUUGCGCACGCGAGCUUCUUGAGUCAUGUUGAUUCGAUGACGCGCAUUGUCCUCUUGCAAUUUUCCUUUGCCUUUGUCCAGGCGGGGCCGAUCCGCUGUCCGGGAUACGGACCCCAAGCUUUCCCAUGGUGAGCCAGGCUCACGUUCACCAAUCCGUCCCACCAUCCUCUCCGAAGCAGGCCGACGACGCGUGUCACCUAGCCUAUUAAAGGCUGAGGCUUUUCCACGCGCUGGGGCCGGUCCAGCUCGAAGUGGGGAAGCAAGGUGGGAGUGGGAUGACGACGUGUCCUGGGGCACCACCCCUUGUGAGGAGGUUGCGGUUUGACCUAGUUCUUCCCAUUGUCAGUUAGUUGUGCUUGGUAGCGACGGAGGAGGCUAACUUGAUUGUUCUAGCUCUCAACGAGAGCACCAAAUGAUAGAGUAUAUGUCUAGAGAGAAGUGAGAGCUAGAGAGAGAAGUGCAAGAUAUGCUUCAAUAGAAUGAAUUUUGUGAACCCUUACAACUACUCCCAAGGGGAGUAUUUAUAGAGAAAAUUAGGGCUGGGCUCCCAAGUCUUGGGCUUCGGAGGCCCAUUUACAACAGGGCCACUAAUGGGCCGGAUACAAAGUGUAUAGAAAUGAUAAGUAUAAAAUCUUGUUCUAGAGGCUAUCUGUGGAUGACGAGGGCAUGGCCGAUGAGGGCAUGGCCGACGAGGUCACCCGGUUCUCCGGGCUUCUGGAUCAUAUUCUGGGUGGUCUUCUUUCUGGCCGAUGAGGGCAUGGCCGAUGAGAGCAUGGCCGAUGAGGGCACCCGGUUCUCCGGGCUUCUGGAUCAUAUUCUGAGUAGAUCUUUUCCUGGCCGAUGAGGGCAUGGCCGAUGAGAGCAUGGCCGAUGAGGGCACCCGGUUCUCCGGGCUUCUGGAUCAUAUUCUGAGUAGACCUUUUCCUGGCCGAUGAGGGCAUGGCCGAUGAGAGCAUGGCCGAUGAGGGCACCCGGUUCUCCGGGCUUCUGGAUCACAUUCUGGAUAGAUCUUUUCCCGGCCGAUGAGAGCAUGGCCGAUGAGGGCACCCGGUUCUCCGAGCUUCUGGAUCAUAUUCUGGAUAGAUCUUUUCCUGGCCGAUGAGGGCAUGGCCGACGAGGUCACCCAGUGAUCAUGGUACUUUCUGUUCUUCUGAGUAUGUGGGUCCUGGGGCCUAGACCCAUAUACUCCAUCAAUCUCCAUCUUACUCCAAACUCUAAAAUAUAGUUUAUUAUUUGAAAAAAAGAAGAUACAAGAGUAAAAAUGGACAUGUUCAAUAUUUUAGAUCUGUUGAAACUAUCACUCAGAAAUGAUGUGUAAUUAAAUAUUUUCUAAUUUUAGAUGAAUUCUGAGAAACGGUUUCAACAGAUGUGAAAUAAUGGAGCGUGUCUAUUUUGACAAUAAUAGGAAGGGGUACAAAUGGGGUACCAAAUGGAGUACCUCUAGCAAAACUCAAUUUUUUUUCUUUCUUCUUGGGCUAUUAUGUGAGAAAACCAAGUUUACAAGUACUAAAUGUGUACAACUUUUUAUUACUUUAAUACAUACUGGGAGUUUUUCUUUAUGCACUUCAUAUAUUUUGAACCUAUUUUCUUGCUUUAUCCCUGCACACUGCCAUUGCUAUCUUCUCUUGACUGGUGGUUUUUCUUUGAUAGGCUUGGGUGGUUUUGCCCGGCUCUUAUAUCAUACAUCCGAAUGUAUGUACACUCGGCCCAACUAUGGAAGACAACCCAAUAAAUCAUACAGGCCAAAAAAAAUUCGGUGGCAGUUUUGUAAUUUAGGCGAAAAAUAACGGCUUCCGCUAAAUGAACAAUAUUGUACUUUUAGUGAGCAUCCAACUUAAUUUAUUGAGCAUUAAGAGGCUAACAAUGAGUAUCACGAUCUCUGCUUUAUAUCUUCUAUUUUUUGUUCUUUUUCUUAUUUUUUCUUUUAUAAAACUUAUUAAAUUAUAUCUAUAAUCCACUCAUAUUAAUUCCAAUAUACGAAUCUAAUGUAAUAUGAUACUUUUGAAAUAUGUAUUGAUAUGAAAUUUUAAAAAUGAGCAUAACAUCAGUACCAAAUGAGCAUACAUAACUUUCAAAGUGCACAUUGAUAUGAAAAUCGUAAGGUUUGUUAGCCGAACAUCAUGACAUUUGAAUUGAGCAUGAGACCUUAUCUAUUGAGAUGAAAAUCGUAGUUUUUGUUAAAUGAGCAUUAAUGAAUGUUUAAUGAGCAUCAUACUUAUUCUGUUGAGUAUUAGAAUUCCAAUAUUAAGCAUCGUGAAUUCUGUUUCAUAACUUGAGAUUCACUCUCUUUUUG